AUGAUCGGUGCUGUGGAUGCGAACCGUACAGGAGAAGAUAUCGAUCUGUCGAUAGGACCACCGCAGAGUCAGGACAGUCAUGGUGCUGGGUCGUCCGAGGUACCCCUCUCACCCGAGGAUAUCCGCAGUUUCGAAGAGAACGGUUUCGUCAUGCUCAAGCGAGCCUUCGAUCCGGAUGUGGCAGCUGCGUGCAGGGAAUCCCUGUGGAAGCGUCUCAAAGGUGAUGGUAUCCGCCGUGAGGAGCCAGCAACAUGGGUCAGGAAAAUAGGCAUCCCUGAGAUAUACGGUAUUUCAAGCUCACCCAAAAAGAGGCGUGGCCACCCCUGGAAGGGAGCUUUGUCUCCCAAACUCAAGUCUGCUGUCAACCAGUUGGCGGGAGUCGACAGCUGGGAGGAGUUUGGAUGCGGAUGGUGGAUGGUCACGUUUCCAGGAUUUGCGCAGCCUCCGUGGGGAGCUGAGGGGAAGUGGCACAUCGAUGGCGCGCAUUUCAGGCACUAUCCGCACAGCCGCGAAAUCGGAAUUCUCCCGAUAUUCCUGUUCUCGGACGUGCGUAAACACGGUGGCGGCACGGCUGUUCUUCGAGGGUCUCACAAGAAGGUGGCGAAGAUACUGUGGGAUCGUGCAGGGACGACGGGAUUAACAGGCCCAGAGCUAUCCAGCGCCGCUCGCGAGGCACUCCUUCCUGCGGCCGAUGACGAUGUUGUCGAGACGAACGGUGAUGCCGGCGAUGUCCUACUCACGCACCCUCUUCUUCUGCACUCGCGGUGCGCGCUCCACCGCAUUUUUUCUUUUGGAGUUACAUGA